UGGGGAAUUCAGGUCAAUUACCCAGUCUAUUACCCAGUGGGCUGGGGGCAGAUCAGCCAGUGUAUUCUCAAAGCUGAACGCCCCCCCCCAAACUGGGUAAGCAGAUCAUUGCUCACACAUCCUAAUUACAUGAGCCCCUGUCUUUGUAAUUCCGUAGGAGGUAGUAGCACUGGGAAUCAAAUUUAAGGCCUUUGUCAGGUGAGACAAGAGCUCUGCUAUUGGGCAAUACCUCCUCUCUUUUUAGACAGUUGUCACUAUGUAGCUCAGGCUAGCCUUGACUUAACUAUGUGGCUCCGGUUCUUGGCAAACUUUCACCCCCCCCCACUUUCUGCCUCUUGAAUUCUGGAUUACAGCUGUGUUCCAAUACCCCUGAUGAGGCUGGGUUUUUAAUACCUCCUCGGUUUCCUCCUGUCUCGCCAUUCCAGUGUCUGUUCUAGAAUCUCUCUGCUGAUCCCCGUCAGCCUAUGGAACCUCUGGACACUGGGCUCCAACCACUCUGGCUAUGGCCGAAGUGACCCCGAAUCAGCGGAUCUGUAUGUACAGAGUAGGAGGCCCCCGGCUGUCUUCUCAGAGAAGUCACUCUGGCUCUGGGCAGGGUGGUGUUUCUCAAAACCUUCCUCAGAAGUCCGGCUUCUUGCAUCACAUCUCACUCACCCCUACCUCCUUCCUCUUUUUGGUUUUAUUCACCAGUGGGAAGUGGCUGAAGAGGAAGUGCCGGGGUGAGAGCGAGGGAAAUCAGAGGCCCAGGAGACACAGGAGUCGAGCAUGUAGCCCGUCCUCACCCACCGACAGGCGCCACCAAGACAACAAACGGACUGGGUGAGAAGAUGCAGCUGCUGCUGCUGGUCCCCAUCCUCUUCUGGGUCUCAGGUUUUUCUACUGCUAAGGAUCCAAUCACAGGUUCAAGCACGGUGAGUGGCCAGGAGCGGGGCUCCUUGACUGUGUGGUGCCGGUAUGACCCCCACUGGAAGGGUUACAAGAAGUACUGGUGCCGAGGAGCAGAUUGGGGUACUUGUGCGACUCUUGUCAAAACUGAUACAUCGGAGAAGUUGGUGGAGAAGAACCGCGUGUCCAUCAGGGACAACCAGACAGACUUCAUAUUCAUAGUGACCAUGGAGGACCUGAGGAUAAGUGAUGCCGGCAUUUACUGGUGUGGGAUUCAGAAAAUUGGUAGCGAUCCCGGCUUUAAAGUUAAUGUGAACGUUGAUCCAGCACCCCAAGCACCCACUACAGCAUUGACCACGCUCCCUAUCACCUCCACCACCACCAUGUUCACAGAGAGCACUGCUGGAAAAGGGACCAGCAUUUUACCACCGGUGAGCAGCCCCUACUCCGCUGUCAGUUCCAGUCUUGAUGGUAGCGGUGGUGACAGUGACGGUGGUGAAGACAGCGGAGGCAGUGGUCUUUUGGAUCUCAGUGUGCUCCUCCCGGUUAUCUCUGCGGUGCUGUUGCUUCUCCUGCUGGUGGCCUCGCUCUUCGCUUGGAGGAUGGUGAGGAGACAGAAGAAAGCUGCUGGGCCACACUCAGAGCAGGUAUCCCAGUCUCUGGAGGGCGAUGUCUGUUAUGCAAACCUGUCCCUUAAGCAGCCCAGACCCUCCCGUGGCCCAUCUUGGAAAAAGGGCUCCUCCAUGUCGUCCUCUGGCAAGGCCCACCAAGAGGAAGUAGAGUAUGUCACCAUGGCUCCCUUUCCCAGGCAGGAGAUUUCAUACGCAGCUCUGUCUUUGGCGGCCUUGGGUCAGGAGCCCAUUUACAACAACACUGGUUCCCUCGGCACCCACGUUCCCAGUGCCAGCCUUGAGGAGUCUACGCAAUACAGCAGCAUCAAGAGGCCCUAGCCUGUGGCCAUGCCUUGAUCUCGGUCCCUGGAGAAGGCCUGGGAGCACGUUCCUGCACGCCUGCCUCUGCACCUGCUUCCUCACCAGGCCUGGCGGGUGACUCUAGCUCUGUUCAGCCAGCUCUCAGGGCCCUUUUAGCUCUACCUUGAGCUUGGAAGUCCAGCCUCAGGGGGUUCCAGUGAAUUCAAUGUCUCUCCACAUCCCCUCUCACCGCCAAGGUACCUUUUUUGGGAGUUGCUACGGAUGGAGGCAGCUUCAGGGAUGCUGUGUAAGUCAUAACAAUGAUAACAGUGGUAAUAAUAGCAGUUAGCCUCUAUUUAUUGUUUGUCAUAUGGCCUCCAAAGCCAUCUUCAUCCUAAUGCCCAUAAUCUGUGCACUACCUUAUACAUCGAAAGACAGGUGCAUGCGUGUUUAAGUUAGGACCUCGAGAUGAUUUUGUAUUGUCCAAGGAGGCCCAAGAUUAGAUCACAAGGGUCCCUCCCUCUAAAGAGGAAUAGAGCAAGUCAAAGAAAAAAAAAAAAGAGGAUGCAUGGUUGGAACAGAGGUAAUGCAGCAGGAACCAGGAUGCUGCGAUCUCCAGGAGCCAAAGAAGGCGAGUAGGCGAGCAUCAGACUGUCUCCUGAGUGGGACAUCCAAGAGGAAUUCAUCCUGAGCUGAGUGGAACUGUGUACUGUGGCUUUCAGAAUUGUAGAAGAAUAAAGUUGUGCAGUUUUUAUUUA